CGACCACACUCCACGACCGCCACGUCCCCAUCUGCGUGUCUGCCUGUCCCUCGACACACAGCAAUCCAUACUGUUCUGCAAAUUGCUUCCAUGUCGUCUCUCUCUUUGCCUUUCUCGUUUGGAUUGACAUCUCAUCAAAUCGCAUCAAGAGAUGGAAGCAGAGAGCUUGCUGGUUUCGGCGGCCAUUAACAUUGCUUUGGCCCUCUUCCUUCUCUCCCUCUUCUCCGUCCUCAAGAACCAGCCUUUCUAUGCGCCCGUAUAUUAUCCUCGCCGUCUCUCCCUCGGUCAGCACCCUUUCGCUUCGGGCAGCCCCUCGGCUCUGAGGCGGCUGCUUCCGUUUGUGCAGUGGAUUCGCGGUGCCGUUCGAGUUUCCGAUGACCAGAUUCUCGAAACCCACGGCCUUGACGUCCUCGUCUUCAUCAGGAUUUUCAAAUUUGGGAUCCGCUUCUUUAUAGUAAGUUCUCUGGUUGGUGUACUAAUCCUUCUUCCCUUGAAUUAUUUUGGGAGUAAUGGACAUUCCAAGAGCUACCAUUCGAUGGAUUCUUUUACAAUAUCUAAUAUCGAAAGUGGCUCUAACAGGCUUUGGGUGCAUUUUUCAGUCCUUUGUUUUGUUUCUUGCUAUGGAUUAUACUUGCUGUACAAGGAAUAUGAUGAUAUUUUACAUAAAAGGAUUCAGCAACUCCGUAACAAAAGGCAAUAUCCUAAUCAGUUUACCAUUUUGGUUCGAGAAAUUCCAUUUUGCCAAGAACACAAGGCUAGGGGAUGCUGCAUAGAACACUUCUUCUCGAAAUAUCAUCCAUACUCAUAUCACUCAUAUCAAAUUCUUUAUGAUGGGAAGGAACUUGACAACUUGUUGAACAAGGCAAAGUCUGCUGCAAACAAGCUUGAGGAUCUGAAAGUUAAACAAUCACUCAAGAAAUGCAGUCGAAACUCGUUUUCUUUUCACUCAUUUAAAGAGAAAGAAAAGAUUGAGAAACUUGAAAAAAUGCUUCAGGAACUCGGUUGCAAAAUAUGGCAUGUUAGGCAUACAAUGAUGAUUCAAGAGAAGGAAUUGCCUGUUGCAUUUGUUACAUUCAGGUCACGUUGGGGUGCUGUUAUAGCAGCUCAAUCUCAGCAGCAUGCAAAUCCCUUAAUGUGGAUCACCGAAAUGGCUCCAGAACCAAGGGAUGUACUUUGGGGGAAUGUAGCGAUUCCAUAUAAACGAUUACCACUUUAUGAGAUUGGAAUACUUGUUGCAGUAGUUGUCCUCACUCUUUUCUUUGCUAUACCAGUUGCAGCAGUUCAAGGGAUUGCCAAAUAUGAAAGAUUGAGAAAAUGGUUUCCUCCCGUAAAAACUUUGGAGUUAAUUCCAGGGCUAAAGUCCGUGGUCACAGGGUACCUCCCAAGUGCCAUUCUUAAUGGGUUCAUUUACGUUAUUCCAUUUUCCAUGAUUGGGCUGUCAAGAUUAGCUGGUUGUAUCACAAGAAGUAAAAGGGAUAUGAAAGCUUGCAAGAUGGUUUUCUAUUUUCUAGUGGCAAAUGUAUUCUUUCUAAGCUUGUUAUCAGGGUCUUUACUUGAUCAGAUUGGCCAAUCUUUCUCCCAACCCAAAUAUAUUCCGAGUCGCCUUGCUAGUGCUGUCUCUGCCCAAGCAGACUUCUUUAUGACAUACAUCUUGACGAACAGCCUUUCUGGAUUUUCUUUGGAAAUUCUUCAGCCUGGAUUACUUAUUUGGGAUGCUAUAAAAGCAUGCACAUGGGAUGGUGGAAAGGAAAGAAGUCCAUAUCUCUAUUCAUUACCUUAUUAUCGGGUCAUUCCUUUCGUUGCUCUAUGCACACUUAUUGGCGUUGUAUACGCAGUCAUCUCACCACUACUGCUUCCAUUUCUGGUUGGCUACUUUCUCCUUGGCUAUGUUGUGUUCAUUAACCAGAUUGAAGAUGUUUAUAUAACUUCAUAUGAUACGUGUGGACAGUAUUGGCCAUACGUUCAUCACUACAUCAUUGUCGCUCUAGUCCUCAUGCAAAUUACAAUGAUCGGUCUUUUUGGACUCAAAUCAAAGCCUUCAGCUUCCUUCUCCACUAUACCUCUUCUCAUUCUCACAAUGAUCUUUAAUCACUACUGUAAGAUACGGUUCUAUCCUAGCUUUCGCCAUCUCUCUGUACAGGUAACUUUACGGUUCCAUUUUGGAACUAGCGAUAUGCCAGGGAAAGAUUAUAUGAAAUAAACUACAAAAGCCCUUUGAAAGGGAAAAAAUGUUGCCGGAAAUAAAACAUUGUUCCAAAUUCAAUAAUUUUAUUUCGUUUAGUUUGAACUCUUGAUAUGUAUUUCUUCAAUACUGAAUGAAUACUAACAAAUUGAAGAUAUUAAAAUUUUGAAAAUCAUUAUAUAUUUUGAAAAUCAUUAGAUUUAAUUUCAUUUCCCUAGCAUUUUAUGGAUCCAAACAUAGCCUAUAUCUCCCUUUUCAUUUUUUGGAAAUUAUGGGCUUUUUUGGUUAGGGGAUUUCAGUUGUUGGGAGGGGGGAGAAGUGAUAUUCACUUUUAAAUAUAUUCUAAGACUAACAAAAUACAUAUACAUUUCUAAAAAGAUCCCGGAUGGAACAAAUCCUUUCAAGCCCUCAGGAUGUUAAAUUCAGAAGACAUGUGUACUUCACGAAGUUCUUUUUAUUCAAGGUCAAGUAUAAUUGACAGGAUGCUGCAAUGAAUGACGAACUUGAUGUAAAGAAUGGCGCGUUGGAGGAAAAUGUAAGAAAUGCGAUCGGAGCUUAUUCUCCGCCAUGCUUGUUGCCUGUGGAUUUUCAAGUUGCAGAAUCACGUGGCUUUGGGGAGUCCGGCUCAACGCAGCCAUUAAUACCUUGAAGAAGAUAUAAUUUGCUGUAUACGCUUUCCUGUCCCAAUAUUUUAAGACAGCCAUGGUUGCACUUUUUGGAGCAUUUUCUUUACUCUGAGUAGUUCUUUCUUUCAUUCCGUUCUGUUCACAUUUUUGAAUAUUUUCCGGUGAUUUUUUUCGGAGAAACAUUGAAUAGCUCUAUCAACCACCAAUGGAAAUGAGGUAAGUUAGUUCCAAAGUGAUGUUAAUCUGGACAAAAGUUGAUGAAUGUUUGCGCUUCGUCAGUGGUCACUUUCGACUCGGUUCUGAUGGUGCAUUUCAUAAGUUGAUCUAGAUGCAUGGCUGACUCUGGAUGGUCUCAGGAAUGUACUUUAAGGAUCUUUUAAGAUGGAAUCUGUAGCAAAUUAGACAUGCAUGUACUCUUACGUUUUCACUUCGUCUAGUUUGAGUUGGAUUUCAUUUAGUCAAUAAUAACAUAUCCCACUUGUAAUACUAGACUAGGUCUAAUUAAUGGUGAGAACUACGGUUUCCAAUUUAAAAAUUUAUAAUUGUAUUUGUUGAGUUUUAUCCAACACGAUAUAGUAAAUAUAUGUAUAAAUGUGUAUGAAC